AUGCUCAAUAGUGGUUGUUGGGCUGUUGGAUGUCUGGUUUGAAAUGCAUCUCUGGUUCUAUCCCUGACAGAGAGCCUGAUGGAGGAGGUAGAUGUCACAGUGAGCGAAGAUGUUGUCCGUCUGCCUUUUAAAACAUUAGCUCACCUGCCCCAUGAUGCUAAAGUGGUUUGGAACCACACUGAUAAACCCAACACUGUACAUGAAUAUCAGGAGUGUCAAAACCAGUUAGAGAGACAGAACCAUGAGUACCAGGACCGCACAGACAUGAGACCUGACGCUGUGAAGACUAAAGAUCUGACCCUCACUCUAAAGGAUCCCAAACUGGAAGACAGCGGCGUCUACAUCUCUACCAUCUACAACAAAGAUGGGAAAAUACUGGCACGGAAGACAGUGAUGCUCACUGUGAGAGUCUACAAGGUGGAAAAGGUUUCUGUGGACGAGGGAAAGAGGUCCGUAGUUCUUCCCUUUCAUGCAACACGUCGCCUCCUCUCUGAGGGCAUCACUGUGGAGUGGAGACUCACAGACGUAGAAGACACGAUGCUCUACAAAUAUCAGACAGGCCAACACAUACCAGCAGAGGAUCAGGAUUAUGGAGGCCACACAGAGAUGAAUGAAGAUCCAUUAACAACUGGAGACCUCAGUCUGACCAUCAGGGACUUCCCUCUCACUGACGGUGUUUAUACCUGCACCAUCUAUGAUGAGAAUGGAAAGAGGCUGCAGCAGAAGGUGGUGGUCCUCAUAGUCAGAGGUGAGUGGAAGCAGCUGCUCUAUCCUCAGCAGGAACAAAACACAUAAACAACAAAAACCUGG